AUCGCCUCGUGUUCCACGAGUCUGUAAGAAAUAGGAGUAAAAAAUAUCUUCAAUAAGACCGGCGGUAGUUGGCGGCGACGGGGUUGGUGAGCUUGGGAAAUUCACCCUCUUCUUCUUCUUCUGGUCAAUGUCCAAAAUAUUUAUGACAGCUCAAGCACUUGAUCCGGAAUAAUCAUAGUAAAAGAUGGCUUGGAUGACAAGAUUUUUGACUGCGGUUGCAUUCUUGGCCGUCGGAGUAAUUUUCUCGCCGGAAACCUUCGGAUCGAAGUCGGACGGCGGUUAUUCACCAGUGCUUAUCACUGGACUGAAGUUGUCACACCUUCUCUGCUUCUCCACAGCCUUCGGCUCAUCUCUAUGGGUUACCUUCAUCGGCGGUAUCAUCAUGUUCAAAAACUUGCCAAGGCAUCAAUUUGGGAAUUUGCAAAGCAAGAUGUUUCCAGCCUACUUUUCCCUGGUGGGAGUGUGCUGUGCAGUGGCAGUAGGGGCUUUUGGUUACUUGCAUCCAUGGAAGACGUCGAGCCCUUCUGAGAAGUACCAGCUUGUAUUCCUGCUUGCUGGCUUUGUUUUCAGCCUCAUCAAUCUUGUUAUAUUUACUCCCAUGACCAUUGAGAUGAUGAAACAGAGGCACAAGGUGGAGAGAGAAGCGAAUAUUGGGCAAGAAGUUGGUGGAGCGAAAAACCAAGAAGUUGCAAAAAAGGACCCAAGGCUUGCUUCUAUGAAUAAGAAGUUCGGCAUGAUCCAUGGAUUGUCUUCGCUUGCGAAUCUCAUGUCAUUUGGUAGCCUUGCUGUCCACUCCUGGUAUUUGGCUGGUAAAAUCAAUUUUUAGAUGCAACGCAUGUAUGUUCCCCAGACCAGCUAUAUGUUUCGCAUGGUUUUUUUUUUUUUUUUUUUUUUUUGUGUAUCUGUAACAUCAAAUGCCUCAACUUUCCGCUUCCACCCUUCUUCAUUUGGGAAUAUCCUGGUUGCUUCUGAAUCUUGAUUAUGUAUUUCUGGACAAAUUUGAGAAUAAAUACUUUUUUCCAGUUUCUA